UGCUUGUAUUUGAUUGACAGGAAACAUGUCGGUAUGGUGGGAGAGCGCCGGGAUGCAGCUGAUGGAAGAGGAGACGGGGAGUACCUGCGCCCAGUUUAGAUAUCACCUUUAGAACUGCUUUUGCGGCACUGUAUCAUUAGCCGUUCUCUUAGCACGCGGCAUCUUGAAGGUUUAGGUUUAUGUAAAAUAGUAAGAGCUUUUAUUGGUUUCCACUGGAGCCAUGGUGUUGCUGUAAAUUUAUUCCUCUUCGUUAGCAGUAUAUAGUGCUUGAAUCAGCCCCCAUCAAAACCACAAACUGCACUACCCAGAUGAAAACACACCGCCAGGAUAUACUAAAACGACAACAAUGGAGUCGCCUUUCACGUAGAUUCUCGCUUUUUCAAUUUACAUAGGCUAAUUUGUCUCGGCUUUACGCGUCUUAUUUACUUUUACGCGUUUCUUUUCGGUUGACCAAGGUAAUCUUCAACAGCAUUUUUAAAAGUACAAAUUUAAUCGACCACUGCUUGCAAAUUAUGGACGAAGAUAAUAUGACAAAAAGCGAAGAGCAGCAUCUGAGUUUGCAAAAAGCCUUGCAGCAGUGCGAGCUGGUGCAAAAUAUGAUAGACAUAAGCAUUUCCAGUUUAGAGGGUUUAAGGACCAAAUGUGCCACAUCCAACGACUUGACACAGAAAGAGAUACGUACGCUGGAGGGCAAGCUGGUGAAGUAUUUCAGUCGCCAACUGUCUUGCAAGCGCAAAGUGCCCUUACAGGAGCGGAACGUGGAACUGGAAGGCUUCCCUCAGCUUGGUCACUGGUUCCGCAUCGUCAACAUGAGGAAGGAGGUCACUGAGGAGAUCAACCUGGGCCAGUUAACCCUGGAGGCGCUGUUGGACAUGAACGACGAGCAGGUGUGCGAGACCCUGCAGAAGUUUGGUGCCAACGUGGAGGAGUGUGCCCGCCUCAACGCCUCGCUCUCCUGCCUCCGCAGUGCCCACAAGUCAGAACAACUUGAGGAUGACAAAUUUCACGCUAAUGGAGGAAGCACACAGGUCAAGCAGGACUGGUCCAUUCAGUGGCCGACAAGCGAAUCUGGGAAGGAGAACAACCCGGCGUGCCAGCCGGAGCCCAGCCAGUGGAUCAGGCUUCAGCUCUCCCAGAGCCCCAAGGUCCAGUCCAAAUACAACCAGCACCACCAGCAGCACCUGUGCCACAGCCCCCAGGGCUUGGCGCCGGCACUGACGCCCUCGUCCUCCUCCCAGGCUGACCGGCUGACGGUGGACGCCCACGCAGGCCUCUUUCCCUCGCUGGACUCGGGCUACCGCUCGCUGCCACCAUCGCCGCGCCAGCGCCACUUUGCCCACACGCCGCCGCGGACGCCGCUAGUGGUCAACGCCAGCAUGACGCCGCCUGGCACACCGCCCAUGCGCCGGCGGAACAAGGUGAUGAAGGCGCCGGUGACGCCACCGCUGUCCGGACGCAAGCUCAUCCACCUGUUGCCCGGCUUCAGCACACUCCACCGCAGCAAAUCGCACGAGUUCCAACUGGGCAACCGCAUUGAUGAUAUGCAGACGCCAAAGGCGAGGAAGAAGAACAAGCCGCUGAACCUGAAGAUCCACAGCAGCGUGGGCAGCUGUGAGAACCUGCCCACCACCGAGCGCUCGCCUCUCCACACCCAGCGCUCGCCUCUCCACACCCAGCGCUCGCCUCUCCACACCGAGCGCUCGCUGCGCUCCUUCUUCUUCCCAUCCUAUGUGCCCUCCACGCCACCUGUCCACUCCGACGCCUCCACGCCCUCCGCCAACACUCUCUUAGUGCCUCGAUGGUCCCCACAAAUUCCUCGCCGAGACCUCGGAAACUCUAUCAAACACAGAUUUUCCACCAAAUAUUGGAUGUCUCAGACAUGUACAGUUUGCGGAAAAGGAAUGUUGUUCGGACUAAAAUGUAAAAACUGCAAGUUGAAGUGCCACAAUAAAUGUACCAAAGAGGCCUCCCCAUGCCACCUGCUGAUCAUGCCUCGCGGAGGUAGGGUUUCACCGGCAGGUAGUGAUGUUUCUCUCCUAAUGCUGGACCAUCAAGGAACAUCUCAAGCUCGAUUAGUCAGGACCGAGUCUGUACCUUGUGACAUCAACAACCCCCUUAGGUACACAGACCUGCACAUCAGCCAAACGCUCCCAAAAACCAACAAAAUCAACAAGGACCAUAUCCCUGUUCCGUACCAGCCAGAUUCCAGCAGUAACCCUUCCUCCACCACAUCCUCCACUCCUUCCUCACCAGCUCCUCCUCUUCCUCCCAGUGCUACGCCUCCAUCACCUCUACACCCCUCCCCUCAGUCGGCACGGCAACAGAAACCCUUAAGCCUAACAACUUCUCAUUACUUCAAAUACAAGCAGCAGUUCAUCUUUCCUGACGUGGCCCCAGAAGUUCCCACCAGAGCACCACAGGUCAUUCUGCACCCUGUUCUAUCUGAGCCUGUUAACACUGGAAACCCUCUCCUGCAAAUCGAAGUGGAGCCCACAUCAGAUAACGAGGAAGGAAACGACGAGGCGGAUGACUCAGCGGACGAGUUCGAGGAGAUGAACCUGUCGCUGCUCUCGGCCCGCAACUUCCCGCGCAAGGCCAGCCAGACGAGCAUCUUCCUGCAGGAGUGGGACAUCCCCUUCGAGCAGCUAGAGAUCGGCGAGCUCAUCGGCAAGGGCCGCUUUGGCCAGGUCUACCACGGCCGCUGGCACGGCGAGGUGGCCCUCCGUCUCAUCGACAUCGAGCGUGACAAUGACGAUCAGCUCAAGGCCUUCAAGCGCGAGGUGAUGGCGUACCGGAACACGCGCCAUGAGAACGUGGUGCUGUUCAUGGGCGCGUGCAUGAAUCCACCGCACUUGGCCAUCAUCACCAGCCUGUGCAAAGGGAGGACCCUCUACUCAGUGGUGAGGGAUGCCAAAGUCAUCCUCGAUGUCAACAAGACCAGACAGAUUGCUCAGGAGAUGGUGAAGGGUAUGGGCUAUCUGCAUGCAAAGGGCAUCAUCCAUAAAGACAUGAAGUCCAAGAAUGUCUUCUACGACAAUGGUAAAGUGGUUAUCACUGACUUCGGCCUAUUCACAAUAUCUGGAGUACUGCAAGGUGGAAGUAGAAGACAGGACAAGCUGCGGAUCCCCAGUGGAUGGCUCUGUCACCUGGCCCCUGAGAUUGUGCGUCAGCUCUCCCCCGACACUGAGGAAGACAAGCUCCCCUUCUCCAAGCAGUCCGACGUCUUCGCUUUUGGCACAAUAUGGUACGAGCUACACGCACGCGAGUGGCCUUUCAAGAACCAGCCAGCGGAAGUUAUCAUAUGGCAGGUCGGCUCGGGCAUGAAGCCAAACCUCACUCAGAUUGGCAUGGGCAAAGAGAUAUCGGACAUUCAGAUGUUCUGCUGGGCCUUUGAGCAGGAGGAGCGUCCCAGCUUCUCUAAACUGGUGGAACUGCUGGAGAAGCUUCCCAAGCGCAACCGCCGCCUCUCUCACCCUGGCCACUUCUGGAAAUCAGCUGAGUAUGUCAAAUGAGUCAGGCAUGGAAACAAAGCUAAACAAAACUAAAAACAAACAAACAAAAUAAAAGAGAGCGCACAGUAGAGAGAGACAGAUAGAGAGAAAGAGAGAAAUAGAGAGAGUUGUGAAAGAGAAAGGGAACCAACAAUCAUCCAGUGAAUCCUGCUCUAGGUCUGUUCAGUGACAGAAGUCAGCCACUGCCUAAUCUUAUUUUCCCAAUGAGAGGCCCCUAUGGGUUGGGGCCCCUUUGCAUGUGUUAGGACCUGCACCACGCAGCUGCUGGGUCUGAGUCAGGUCCGGUCGGCUCGGCGUGGCACAGCACUGGAUCCCAUGCAGAGUCAGCUGCUGUCUGGGUGUUUAGGUACUCAGUGUAUCCAGCCCUCCCCAAAGCGAUGAUUAGGAAGACAGUUUUGCUUUUUUUUUUUUUCAAACAUUGAGAUUCAUGUUUUUUUGUUUGUUAUUGACGUUUGACCAUGUGAGGGGAAACCUUUCUUCGUUCACUCAGUUGUUAUUUUUUAACAAUGGAUGUUUUUUAUGUUUUAUUUUCUAAAUGUAAAUGGGUUUUUUGUGCCAUAAGUCAUGCCAUUCUGUAGUUACAGUGCAUUUAUAUGAACAAAUGCAAGUCAUUUUCCUUCUGUGUGUGUGUGUGUGUGUGGUGUGUGUGUGUGUGUGUGUGUGCGCGCGUGCGUGUGUGCGUGUGUGUUUGCGUGUGUGUAUGUGUAAGUUUGUGUGCAUGUACAUGACAUGACAUGACAAAAACAUGGGAUUGAAUGUAAAGAAAAUUGUGUCCCCUGUAAGAAAUGUGCUUUAUUUUCCAGCUCUGUCUCUGCCAUUUGUCUUGUCAACAUUCUUCUUUGUGUGGAUGCCCAUGUCUGCAUUUUAAUCAGUGAGCUUUACUCUUAAAUAGGCGAUACUGCGUAUCAUAUCUACUGCUGAAUGUGAAUUUAAAAAAAGAAACACUCCCUCCCUAUUUUUGGGGGAAAUAUAAUCAGACAGGUGAUUGUUACCUAGUCAUCGCUUCAGGUCUCCAUGUCUUCAUGAAAGACAGUGAGAGUGUUUUGAGAAGUUGCGGUCCUGUUAGCUGCACCCUCAGGUGAUUAAAAAACACAGAGUCCUGCUAAACCCCCCUUGCUCCUAAUGUGAGUAUGACACUUGAAAUGUAACAUUAUAACUGUGACUUUCUUUUGAAUCAGCUUAAUGAGAUGCUGUUACUGAGCCUAAAGACACACUCACACACACAAAAUACACACUUAUAACACAUCCCGCUGAUGUACACACACACACACACGCUUACAUACACACAAAACACUGUUCCACGACUGAUCGGUUAAACAUCUAAGAUACAUAAUUUCAUUCCAUUCAUUCCAAAGUACAGUGUGCAUCUGGUGAAGUAAAUCAGUGGAGGAGCACUUUUCAUCAUCAGUUCAUUUGUACAUUGCAAAACCAUACAUCUAGUAACUAAGACUGUUGCAUGCCUGAAGCGUCACAGUAUCCAGUACAUAUCAUUGUAUCAAGGCCAAUUUUAUAUGUAUUUUCAUGAGAUUUCGCCAGAAUUUUAACUUUAAUUAACAAACAAAACCAUAUCAUUAUAAGCAGUAUUGGCUUUGAAAGUAAAGUACUGCAAACAGCUUUCUUUGGAAUACAAUGCCAAUGUCCUCUAGUAUAGACAAUCUGCUCAUGUAAGAUACGACUGGGACUACACAUAGUACUUAACAGUGUCACAAAUGCAUACAAAUAUUUUGCUGCUGUUUUUUGGAGUACACAAGUCUAUUUUGAGAUCACUGAAAAUCAGGCAUUGUACGUCGAUCAUCUAUAUUUGUAAAAUUUAGUACUAACUUCUGAAUGCAUGACAUGCUUUAUAAAGGUUCCAAUCAGCAGUUGCUGUUGAAUAUGCUGAGAAACAACCUUUAAAUUAUAUCUAUAUAUAAAUAUAUAUAUAUGACAUUUUUUUAUUUUAUUCAAUGUCGUUGCACUGAUUCUGGGAGUGUAGAAAAAGAUCAGCCACAGUGACAGACUCUGCAACACCUGAGCCAUAAAAAAAGACAACAAUAUAAUUUUGCUCCCUCAGAAGGCCAUGUAAAAAUAAAAAAAAGAUAGUUUAUGUUUCAGAGAAUGGUUGUAAAAUUAUAUUUAUACAUUCAUUGUACUUUAUUGUGGGAAAAAAACAUCAUUUGAAUAUGGACUUGAGGGUCUUUGAAUGGUUAAUAUGGUCAUGAUAGUGCUAAGAUGAGGCAACAUGUUAAAGACCUAGAAGAAUGGGCAGAUUCUGAAGAUCAGUUCUUCAUCACCCAUUGACCUCAUGCUGUUCUGGUGUACAAAAAAAAUCUGUUUCAUUUUUAUGAAUGUAUGAAUUGUUGCGCUGUGGUUAUGACAUCCUUUUUUUCUUCUUCUUUUUAAAGGUUUGAACCAUUUUCCUAUAUUGUUGUGUGAUGUUUUUUGCUGUUUGUUUUUUGUUUGUUUUUCUAAUUCGUUGGUGUUUCUUUCUGGAUCAGUCUUUGUAUUGUACAGUGUAGUUGUCAACACGCUUGUAUUUACUGAUGCCUUAUGGUCCACGGCUUAGUGACUAGUAGAGUUAUCACAAGCUCCUUUUUUGCACUCAUUCUCUCAAAAAAUGUAUGACAAUAAAAAUGUUUUCAUUUUGGAAUUUU